AUGAGCCAAAUAAGUCAUUGGAAAUCAGAGUUUUAUAAGAAUGGUCAACCUAAAGAAGUUAUCGUUAUCGAAGAUACUCCUCCGCCGGAUGAAAAUAUAAACAAACUCAAAUAUCGAAUUGAAGUGCUACCAGAUCCAACAGAAGGUGCUAUGACACGCUCAAAGAGAACAAGAGCUGGUAUGCAAGAGACUGCUGUCAUACCUGCGUCUGUUAAAAGAAGAAAAAUGACUAUAAACAACAAUAAUAUCACUGCGUCUAAUAUCCCUACUACUACUACUACCACUACCACUACGACAACAACAAAUAUACCUCAAGCCAAUCUAAUACGACCCAUAUUACAUAAACCCAUCCCUACAAAAGCACCUCCUAUUACACAAGCUUGUGAUGAUAAAGAUGGCCAUUAUAUCAUCAAACCCAACGAGUCACUAACUCCACGUUACAAGAUCAUGAAGUUAUUGGGACAAGGCACAUUUGGUAAAGUAGUCGAAUGUUAUGAUAGAGUAAAACGAAACUUUUGUGCCAUCAAGAUCAUCAGAGCCAUACCAAAAUACAGGGAUGCAAGCAAGAUUGAAAUAAGGGUAUUGAACAGCUUAAAGGAGCAUGAUCCAAUCAAUUUAAAUAAAUGCAUACACCUGAUGGAAUGGUUUGACUACCACAAUCACAUCUGUAUGGUCUUUGAACUUUUAGGUCAAUCCGUGUUUGAUUUUCUAAAGUUAAAUGACUUUAGACCAUUUCCUAUUCAUCACAUUCAACAAUUUGCAAAGCAGCUAUUAACAAGUGUUGCAUUCGUGCAUGAAUUGAAACUAAUCCAUACAGAUUUGAAACCAGAGAAUAUAUUAUUGGUCAGUAGUGACUAUACUGAAGCUGGCAAUAUGGCUGGUAUGGAUCCAAAGUCUAAGAUACUGCUGAAUACAGAUAUUAGAUUGAUCGACUUUGGCUCCGCCACGUUUGAACAGGAUUAUCAUUCGACCGUGGUAUCAACUAGACAUUAUAGGGCCCCAGAGAUCAUCUUAGGCAUGGGCUGGUCCUAUCCUUGUGAUAUUUGGUCGAUUGGUUGCAUCCUCGUAGAGUUUCUUACAGGAGACGCUUUAUUUCAAACACACGAUAAUCUCGAACAUUUAGCAAUGAUGGAAGUGGUUCUUGGCAAAAUACCACCGGAGCUGAUCAAGUUAUCAAGCCCUGAGGCACAGAAAUACUUUGACAAUAGCAAACUGAAAUACCCAAAUGCUAAUACCACCAAACAAAGCAAAAAAUACGUCCGUGCCCUCAAACUGCUACAGGAUAUUGUAUGUCCAUCAACACAACCCACAUCGAAUGCCAAGGUUCAAUUUUUAGAUCUAUUAUCAAGAAUGCUGAUAUAUGAUCCCAAUCAGAGAACUUCAGCAAGAGAAGCAUUAAGACAUCCAUUCUUUAUGAUUCAAUUCGAUGAAUGGGGGCGCGAACUUGCUUAA